GCCUGUAGUUGUGGUAAUACAAUGAAAGUUUAGAUGCGAUCACCAUAUAAGUUAAACGAUGAAAAGGCCUGGAAGGAGGAGAGAUGACUAGAAACUAUUCGGUUGGCCAUUUUAUGUGUGGAUUAAUUGUCGGAAUAGAGGUCCUUGUGCAUUUCAGAUGGUGCGCUAUGCACAGACCGCAGCCGCCCCGGCAUCUGAGCCCAGGAUCAAGAAGUUCCAGAUCUACCGCUGGGACCCAGACACAAUGGGGGAUAAGCCACGCAUGCAGACAUAUGAAAUUGACCUCAACAACUGUGGCCCCAUGGUUUUAGAUGCCCUCAUUAAAAUCAAGAAUGAGAUGGACCCCACGCUCACAUUCAGACGCUCCUGCAGAGAGGGUAUCUGCGGCUCAUGUGCCAUGAACAUCAACGGAGGCAACACACUGGCCUGCUUAAACAAAAUAGACAUCAAUACCAGCAAACCAAUCAAAAUUUACCCACUCCCACACAUGUACGUUGUCAAAGAUCUGGUGCCGGACAUGAGUAAUUUCUAUGCCCAGUACAAGUCCAUUGAGCCCUUCCUGAAGAAGAAAGAUGAGUCUCAGGAGGGCAAGGAGCAGUACCACCAGACUGUGGAAGACAGGCAAAAGCUGGACGGUCUGUAUGAGUGCAUUCUCUGUGCCUGCUGUAGCACCAGCUGCCCUAGUUACUGGUGGAAUGGAGAUAAGUAUCUGGGCCCUGCUGUCCUCAUGCAGGCCUAUCGUUGGAUGAUUGAUUCACGUGAUGAGUUCACAGAGGAACGACUGUCGAAGCUCCAGGACCCCUUCUCUCUCUACCGCUGUCACACAAUCAUGAACUGCACUAAGACAUGCCCCAAGGGACUCAAUCCAGGAAAGGCUAUUGCUGAGAUCAAGAAAAUGAUGGCAACAUAUAAAGAGAAAGUCAUUAACCCUGUGAACAUUGUGGAUAACCACCAGACUUGAAAUCCACUAGUAAUGACUCUAAUGCUGAAUUUUCGAUUAAACAUUAGCCUUUCAACAGUGUCUGUCCCUUUCAUUAGGCUUCGCACAUGAAAAAAGAUACAGGCAGCCUAGAAGAUACUGCUGAUUUUAUAUAUGUGAGAGUGGAAUAACUGCUCCUCCUUCUAGAAAUGUUUUUUUCUUCUUCUAAAAAUACAUACAAAAGUAAUGUUUGAUGUGGUGAUAGAGCUUAUUACUCAGUGUGUGUGUAGAUUGUACAGCAGAGGUUGGCACCAGGUACUGGCCUACAAGUAUUCCAGAUUUUGGGGGGAUUUUAGUUUUUGGAGAAAAAAAUACUAAAACCACCAGGAAUUCAGCAAAAAAUGUGUUUUGUUUAGGAAAUCUGUUCAAGUAUUCCCAUUAAUAAAAAAAGAUGUGAUCGUGUCUCAAUGUAAUCAGGGUCUGAAAAUAUUGCUAUUUCAAAUACAAUCUCUUUUGGUGCUUAGUUGUGGUCAAUUUGCAGUGUAUAAAUUAUUUUUAAUUCUGUUCCGGCACCCCCGACUAUCCACUUCUACAAAAAUCAGCCAACAGCUGAUUCUAGUUGCCUACCCAUGUUGUGCAGCCUUAUAACCACAUUAUGGGAUGAUGAGCUUUGGACCACAAUUUGAUGUUUGUUCAUUGGAUAUACUGUAUGUAUAUACAUAAUAUUUUAAGGAAAACCAGUUAAAUGUUAUUUAAAUGCUUAUCAAUAAAGGAAGUAGAAUUAAAACA